CAAAGAAGGAAUGAGUGAGAAUCAUAGGCUCUGCUUCUAGUUCUUGUAUUGGUUUCAAUGGCUUCAACUGCUCCAAGGUUCAUCAAGUGUGUGACCGUUGGGGACGGUGCUGUAGGGAAGACCUGCAUGCUCAUGUGCUAUACUAGCAACAAAUUCCCCACCGACUAUAUUCCCACAGUGUUUGAUAAUUUCAGUGCAAAUGUGGUUGUUGAAGGCAUAACUGUCAAUUUAGGCCUCUGGGAUACAGCUGGGCAAGAGGAUUACAACAGGCUGAGGCCUUUGAGCUACAGGGGGGGAGAUGUCUUUGUCUUGGCUUUUUCUUUAGUUAGUCGUGCGAGCUAUGAGAAUGUGUUGAAGAAGUGGAUUCCUGAACUCCAGCAUUAUGCCCCUGGCAUACCGGUGGUACUAGUUGGCACCAAAUUGGAUCUCCGAGAAGACAAGCGCUAUUUGGCCGAUCAUCCUGGCCUGGUGCCGGUGACCACUGAGCAAGGUGAGGAACUCCGUAAACAGAUUGGAGCUACCUAUUAUAUUGAGUGCAGUUCAAAAACUCAGCAGAAUGUUAAGGCCGUUUUUGAUGCUGCGAUCAGAAUGGUCAUCAAGCCUCCACAAAAGCAACACGAGAAGAGGAAAAAACCACAAGGCUGUUUCCUAAACAUCCUCUGUGGAAGGAACAUUGUUCGUCUUAAAUGAAACAGUUGAUCGGCAUUUCAUCCGAAGGCGUCGCGUGCUAAGGGGUGUAGAAAUUUUAUACUUGAUGUAAAAUGACGUGGGUGGAGUUUGCAGUAACGCUACUUACAUUUGGCUGAUUUUAUUUUCGUUUCUGAAUAGGUUUUAUGUCUUGAGGAACUAUAAACAUUUGCACCUUAUAGCAUGUAAAGAAAGGACAGAGUGAGUUUGUUGGAUAGCUACCAUUUAUUUUAUUUUGAAAUGAUCGAGUUUCAAUGUACAUAAAGCAUACCCGAG